CGCAUACGCGCUCGAAACAACAAGGAAUUUUUCUGCUUUUAUUUACACAUUUUUAAAUACUACAUUAUUUCUAGAGAGUUUAGGUUAAUAUUGUAAAACAUUAAAACAGAUUUAAAGCCCGUCUGAUUUCGGCUACGUUGUCAAUUAAGUUAACGUUAGCCGUUGUUGUUUAGCAAUAUUGUUUAGUAUUGGUGGCGCAUGCACAAUUUAUUAUUUCCGUUACAAAUACAUUUGUUAAUUUUAUCGACAGCAUGAUAAAUGCUAAGGAAGAUUCGGUUUAGUCUUCGAAUUAGACAAUUUUGUCCAGUUUUAAACACUCCGACAUGUUUCCAGAGUUAAACAGUAUUCUCAGUUCCAGCCCAGACAGUUUCAGAACAGGUGACUUCAUCGUGCUGUCUGACAGACAAGCCGAUGCUUCAUUUCUCAUUCAUCACUAUCUGUCUUUCUACCUACGUGCUGGUUGUAAGGUGUGCUUUCUGGGUCUCGUGCAAUCUUUCAGCCACUACAGUGCUGUCAGUCAGAGGCUGGGUGUGAGUCUGACCCAGGCGAGGGAGAAAGGGCAGCUAGUAUUUCUUGAAGGAUUAAAGGACUCCAUUGGAGUUAUAUCACAAGAGGAAAGCAGCCAGAGCAAACUACCUUUGAGUUAUCUCAGGUCCCCAGGUGCUGGACUGGAAUGUCUUUUCAAAUUUGUGGAAAGUUCUGUGCGUCAGAAUGGAGAAAAUGAAGAUGGUGAAAAAUGGGGUCCUCCGGUAUUACUCAUAGAUGAUCUAAGUGUACUCCUUAGCUUAGGUGUCAGUGCUGGAGCAAUACUAGACUUCACCCUCUACUGCCAAGCCACCAUCUGUUCUGAGUUACAGGGAAAUAUAGUGAUUCUGGUGAGACGCGAGGAGGAGGAUGUAGAUGAUGAAGGUUCAAACCUGCUUCAGAAGGGAGUAAUUCAUCAGUGCAGCUUGGCACUACAUGUAGAGGGGCUGCCCACAGGCUACUGCAGGGACAUACAUGGACAGAUGGAGGUGUGGUGGAGAUCGAGAGAAUUUGCCAUGUACAAUCAAAGAAAAAUGUUUCAUUAUAAAGUCCACGAUAAAGGAGCAUCAUUUUUUGCCCGAGGCACUUCUAGUGCUGUUCUCUAACAAUUUUCAAAUAAAAGUCUUCUCUUCUAAUUUUACACUGAAACAAUGUCAUUAUUUAGUUUGCUGUCCAUAAAUGCAUAUGUUAAACAUCUUGCUGUUGUUUU